AUGGGGGAGGGCAGAGAAGAGCGGAUAAACCAGCCCAAGCCAGCCAUCGCAACGAACCGCUCCCCCUCUGCUUCCCUCACCUCCUCCUCCUCUCCCCUGCGGCAGCGGCACCUCGCACCACGGCCGAGGUGCUCCGGAGCCCGGCGCUGCUCUCCGCGGUGCGUCGUUAACGCCACGUUCCGACACGCCACCCUCAGCCAGAAAGAUGCUGCCGUUGGCUCGGACGCGUGCGAGGGACGCGGCAGCGAGCGGGGACGCUUCACCUGCCAGCCUCAGCAGUGUCCCCAGCGAACGGAGGAGCUGGGAGGGAAACCAAAACAAAGGAAAAGGGGAGUCGCGGGUGUUGGGCGCGCGGGGGGCGAGGAGCGAAAGGCAGACGGGAGCCAGCGGGAAGAUCUGGUGCAGUCUGGGCGCUGCUGUGAGCGCAGCCGUGCCAGGACAGCCCGCGGGCUGGCAGCUGGAGAGACCCUCUGCCUCACGGCACGCCGUCGCCAGCCGCUCCUCUCAGCAGCAGCUCAGGUGGUGCCUCCGGCCACUAAACGCGCCAGAACCAAGAGUCGUGCGGGAGGAAUGGUGGGCAGGGCUUGGCCAGGCCGGGACCACGAGCUGCCUCGUGCGCAGCUAACGGGGGUCCGGUUCGGGAACGCGGUGGGGUGUGCGGGUGUGCCUCGUGCCAAGGAGCAGCUCUGCUCGGGUGGGACGCGCUGCCGGGCGCAGAGCGGGCGGCACGCGGGGCUGUGCGGCGAAAACGCCCUCGCAGGAGCCAGGCUGGCCGAGGCUGGUCAGCGUAACGUGAGCGUUGGAGGCCGUUCGCUCUCCAUGAAGGAGGUCGGAGACGGGCUGCACGAGCAGAUGAACUGCAUGAUGGGCGCGCUGCAGGAGCUGAAGCUCCUCCAGGUCCAGACAGCUUUGGAGCAGCUGGACAUCUCGGGGAGCCGAAGCACCAUAGCUGGCACUGAGCAGCAGCAGUGCUGCCGAAGCAGCAGAGAGGUGCCUGGGGUACGGCAGCACGAGGGGCUGCAGGGACAGGCAUCGGUGGAGGGGUGCAGCCCCACAUCCCUCGCGUGGGUCAGGAGCAGCAGUGGUGGGGAUGUCCAUCACCCAGAAGGACCUUCCUCUGCUUCUGUCCAAGCGGAACAUGUCCGCCCUCGGACAUUUGAGCCCAGCAGCCAGGGCACAGCAUGGGGACGGCCUGCAUGCCGGGAGUGCCCAGGGUGUGACGAUGGCCACGACUGGACGUCCUCCCUCAUGUCCCAGAGCAGGAAUCGGCAGCCGCUGGUCUUGGGGGAUAACAUCUUUGCAGACUUGGUUGGGAACUGGUUGGAUCUGCCGGAACUGGAUAAGAAGGGGGAGAAGAGCGAGGCAUCCUUGUCCAUGAGCAGAUCCCAGGAGCUCUGCAGGAAGUUCUCCCUCACAGCCAACAUCUUCAAGAAGUUCCUGAGGAGCGUUCGGCCAGACCGAGACAGGCUUCUCAAGGAGAAGCCUUGCUGGCUUCCACCUGAAGACAAACAGCCUGAGAUCUCCAAGAGACCCAAAAAGAUGAACAAACUCAAGGGGACAUUUUACUUCCCACUUCACGGGAACAUCCAGAGCCAUCACGGCAAAGCAGAGAGGUGCCCAAAGGCAGAAAGCAAUAGCGAGAAACCCAAAAUUGGCACCAAGAAAAUCCACGAUACCAUAGACUACACCCAGUCCAGAUUUGACAUCAACACAGCUGUUUGGGUCUAA